UAAAAGUGUUAGUUCUAAGCUUUAAAAAAAAUAAGAUAAAAAAUGUUUUUUUUUACAUGGUAGUAAUUCUAACGCCGGAAACUUUUUAUAAUUGUGCGACGCGGGAAAUAUCGUUAUUACUGGCGAAAUGGGAAGUAGCAAGAUUAAACAAGGUACUUUUCUAACAAAACAAAAAAUAGGAAAUGUACGAAAUAAUGAAAACAAUGGAUAUCAGAAGGGCUCAAUUGUCAGAUUAAAGCUAGAAAACUUUCUGACUUAUGAUUCUGUUGAAUUAUCACCUGGUCCUCAUCUCAAUCUCAUCAUUGGUCCAAAUGGGACAGGGAAGUCUACUAUUGUGUGUGCAAUUUGCCUUGGGCUUGGAGGGAAAACUAGUGUCAUUGGACGAGCCAAUCAUGUUGUAGAUUACAUUAAACAUGGUUGUAAUAAAGCAUCCACCACAAUUGAAUUAUUUAAUCCUGAUGGAAGAAACUGGGUAAUAACCAGGGAAAUCACAGAAAAUAAUUCUACUUGGAAGAUCAAUGAUGCUUCUGUGUCUUUGAAAGAUGUAGAGAAUCUUGUGAUGGAGCUGAACAUUCAAGUUGGUAACCUGUGUCAAUUUUUGCCUCAAGAUAGGGUUGCAGAUUUUGUUCGAAUGAAUAAACAUGAAAUGUUAGAGAAUACAGAAAAAGCUCUGGAUGGAUUCCAGCCAGCCCGUAAUGGAAGGGUUAAAGCAAAGAAGGUGGGUCCACCAGUAAUGCAUGAAUAUCAUUGCCAGCUAAAGGAGCUCCGAGUACAAACUCGAACAGUAGAAACAUCUUUUAAAAAUACAAAAGAGUAUUUAGAAAAUGAAAAACAAAAAAUUGGUAGGCUAGAAGAUGAUGUGAAGUAUUUUCAAGAAAGACAGCGACAUUUAGAAAGAAUUGAAAUUUUGAACAAGAAGAGAUGUUGGAUAGAAUAUGAAGAAGUGCGGCAGCAGUAUGUCCAAGAGAAAGAAAAGAAAGAUGUUUUAAACAAAAAAAUUAAAUACUUGCGUGACAAGAAUACCCCCUUAGAAAAAAAAUUGAGUGAUGCCAGCGGGAAAGUACAAGAACUGGAUAGUGGCAUAACCAUACUGAGUCAGGAAGCAAGAGAAUAUGGGCAGAAAGUUGUGAAUCGUACAAAACAGUUUGAAGAGUAUGGUGAAAAGAUUCAAGAGGUUGUAGAAGAAUUCAACUUGAAGAAACAGACAGAGGAAGACAGAAAGCAAAGAAUCUAUAUGUGGAAACAACAGCUUGAAGGCUUGGAGAACGAAUUAGAAAGUUUAAGUGUGGAUCAUCAAGAUGUUUUCCCACUUCUUUCAGAAGUUUCAAAAGAAAUAGCUGAAGUGUCACGAAAGAUUUACACUAUUGGUUCUGAAAAAGAAAAUGUUAAAACAAGUAUAGAAGCUAAUGAAAAUCGAAUAAAAGGAACAGAAAGACAUUUAAACAAAAUCAAAGAUGUAGGAUGUCAGAGACUGGAAAUGCUCCGGCGAAAAAAUAAGUCUGCAUAUGAUGCUGUAAUUUGGCUAAGAGAGAAUGAGCAGAAAUACAAGAAAAAAAUAUAUGAACCAAUCAUGUUACAGAUUAAUGUAAAGAAUCCAGAAUGGGCGAAAUAUGUAGAAGCUCAAAUUCCUUUUAAUGAUAUGAUAGCAUUUGUCUGUGAAGAUGAAGAAGAUUUGGAAAGCUUCAUGAAGACUUUGAGGGAUGAACAAAAUCUCAAAAUCAAUGUAGUCAUGGCUCCAAAAACAUCACUUGACUCUUUUAAACCUCCAUUUUCUAUUGCUAAUUUUAAAAAAUUUGGAUUCCAUCAUUACCUACAAGACCUUUUUGAAGCUCCAAAUGCUGUAAUGAGAUAUUUAUGCCAUAUGCACCAUGUACACUGUGUUCCAGUUGGUAAUAAGUUUACCAAAGAUAAUGUGGAAUGUAUUAUUAACCAAACACCUUUCAAGAGAUUCUUCACUGAAAAUCAUUUGUAUUCUGUCCGAAAGUCAAGAUAUACAAAUCAGCUUUCAACAAUUUCAUCAGAAAUGAGGAAAGCAGACUUACUGGCCUUGUCUGUAGACACAACUCAAGUGCACCACUUGUCUGAAAAAUUACAGAUUUUUCAAGAAGAACUGAAGCUGUGGAAAGCUAAACAUUUUGAAUAUGAACAGGAAGAGAAACAACUUAAUGUCAAACAGGAAGAACUUCGUCGAAAAAAGAAAAAUCUUACAACAGUGAGAGACAACAGAAAUAGUUUGAUUGCUAAAAUUGCACUUAAGAAAGAAAACAUUCAGCGAGUAGAGAGAGAAGCUAUUGAUUUGACAGAUGCAAAAAAAAAAGUAACAGAAAAGAUUUUAUUGUUUGCAAAGAAAAAGAGUCAGAUUCUUCAAGAGCGUACAAAGUUAAUAGAGAACUGUCUUGAGUCACACAAGAAGAAGGUGAAGUUGGCAUUAUUUCAUGCUGAGGCUGUUACUAAUAAACUGGAAGCUGAAAGAGAGAUCUUUGAAGCCUCUACUACAAUUCAAGAAGCAGAGCAACAAUUGGAGCAAGUUAAGGAAGUUAUGGAUAAUAAAAAGAACGAAGCACAUAACUUGUUAGAUAUUGCUAAAAAAAUCACAGGAAUUCACCCAAAUGAAGAACUACCAGAAGAUCUAAAAAAGUUCUUUGCACAACUCCCUCAGACAGUGGAUGAGAUAGACAAUGAAAUUCAUAAAGAACAAGCCAAAGCUGACUGUUUGCUGCAGACUGAUGAAAGUGUAGUUCAAGAAUACAAGCAGAAAAAACAGGAAAUCAAGAAAAUUGAGAAGGAAUUUUGUAACAAAAUGCAACAUCUUGAACAACUUAAAAAAAAGAUUGAGGAAAUAAAACAGCUUUGGCUUCCUUGUCUAGAAGAAUUAAUAAGUCAUAUCAACAUGAAAUUCAGAAAGUACUUUGCUGCCCUGGGCUGUGCUGGAGAGGUAACUCUAAGUACAAGUGAGAAUCCUGAAGACUUUGAGAACUAUGGAGUUUUGAUUCGAGUGAAGUACAGAGAUACUGAGGAAUUGAAAGAGCUGACACCAUACCAUCAGAGUGGAGGAGAACGAAGUGUUGCUACAGUUCUCUACAUGAUGGCCCUGCAAGAGAUGACUAAAGUUCCUUUUCGCUGUGUGGAUGAAAUCAACCAGGGGAUGGAUUCCAGGAAUGAAAGAAGGGUUUUUGAGCUAGUUGUACAAACAGCUUGUCUAGAAGCCACAUCUCAAUAUUUUCUUCUCACUCCAAAAUUACUUCCUGACCUGGCCUAUGCAGAAAAUAUGACAAUCCUCUUUAUUCAUAAUGGCCCAAAGAUGUUGAACCAUACUCAAUGGAACUUACAGCAGUUUCUUCAAAGGCAGAUUAGACUGACAGAAUGAAUUUAUAUUCUAUAGUCCUCUAAACCCAGCAAUAGGUUUUUGUAUUUUCAGAUAUAUGAUUUAUUUUAAACUACAUGUAAAACUUUUAUGAAAAAAUAUAUAUCUUUUGUAUGUGUAAUACCACAGUGUUUGUUAUAUUUAAGCUUUUGUCACAACCAACUCAGGUAUGAUUACUGGAAUUGGAAAUAUGCUUUUAUAAGUAUUCUUUAAUUUGGAAUAAAUCCCAUUAUUUUACAGUUUAAA